UUAAGAGGAGAGCAUGAGGGGGGCAUGCCUGGUGCUCGUUGGUCUCAGCAGCUUGUCCUGGAGCAAAGGAUGGCUGGGGUGCCGUGCUGGGGCCAGCUUCGCUCUGUUCCCAAGCUGCUCUCCCGCAGAAAGCGGCUCCCGGCCGGCUCCCAGGGCUCCAGCCUCCGCCGCUGCCUCUCCACCGUGGAUCUGCUGGCCUUGGGAGUGGGCAGCACGCUGGGGGCUGGUGUCUACGUCCUGGCAGGGGAGGUGGCCAAGAGCAGCUCUGGCCCGAGCAUCGUCCUCUCUUUCCUGAUUGCAGCUGUGGUGUCUGCCCUGGCAGGGCUGUGCUACGCCGAGCUCGGGGCCCGCGUGCCCCUGGCUGGCUCUGCCUAUCUCUACAGCUACGUGACAGUGGGCGAGCUCUGGGCCUUCCUGGCUGGGUGGAACCUGCUGCUGUCCUACCUCAUCGGAACUGCCAGCGUUGCCCGGGCCUGGAGCGCUACCUUUGACCAGCUCCUCGGCAAGAAGAUGGGGAGGUUUUUGGGUGCUCACGCAGCCAUGAGCUCUGUGGGGCUGGCAGAGCACCCAGAUGCCUUUGCUGCUGGCCUGGUGGUCCUGCUGGCAGCACUUCUUUCCUUUGGAGUGAAGGAGUCCACCAUGGUCAACAAAGCUUUCACAGCUCUCAACGUGCUCGUCCUGCUCUUUGUCACAGUGAGUGGCUUCAUCAAAGGCCACAUGAGCAACUGGAAGCUCAGGGAGGAAGACCUGCCUCAGACUGCUGCCCACGAGGCUGGGAACCAGUCCAUGGCUGGCAACAUGACCAGUGUCUUUGGGGUGGGAGGCUUCAUGCCCUAUGGUUUCACUGGCACCUUGGCUGGAGCCUCUACCUGUUUCUAUGCCUUUGUUGGAUUUGACUGCAUUGCUACCACAGGGGAAGAAGUGAGGGACCCGCAGAGAUCCAUCCCCAUGGGCAUCAUUCUCUCCCUCCUCAUCUGCUUCCUGGCCUACUUCGGGGUGUCUGCUGCCCUCACCCUGAUGAUGCCCUACUACCUCCUGGACACCAUGAGCCCGCUGCCAGUGGCUUUUGAGUACAUUGGCUGGAGCAGUGCAAAGUACGCCGUGGCUGCGGGGUCCCUGUGUGCCCUGACCACCAGCCUCCUGGGCUCCAUGUUCCCCAUGCCAAGGAUCCUGUAUGCAAUGGCUCGAGACGGGCUCCUCUUCCAACCUCUGGCCAAAGUCAGUCGCCGUCAGUGCCCGGUGGUGGCAACUCUGGUGUCUGGGGCAGUGGCAGCUCUCCUGGCUCUUCUCUUCAACCUGAAAGCCCUGGUUGACACCAUGUCCAUUGGCACACUGCUGGCCUACUCCAUGGUGGCUGGCUGUGUGCUGCUGCUCAGGUAUCAGCCUGAGCCCAGCCCUCGGGACACUCCUGUGGGGAAGGUCCCAGCUGUGCAGCUCUGGUGGAACCAGCUGGUCCAGCCUCCCGCCCAUGCCACCCCUCGCUCCUCUGCUCUGGUGGUCUGGGCUCUGACAGCUGCAGCUGCCCUGGCCUGUGCCCUGAGCUGGGUGAGCACUGCUGGGCUGCCCUGCCUGCGGGCUGGGGGUGCCUGGUGCAUCAUAGCUCUGGCCCUGCCUCUCCUGGGGAUCCUGGCAGCAGCUCUUCUCAUCUGGAGGCAGCCUCAGAGCCAGGACAAAGCAUCCUUCAUGGUUCCGUGCCUGCCCUUCCUGCCUCUCCUCAGCAUCUCCAUCAACGCUGUGCUGCUGGCCCGGCUCAGCGCGGCCCCCUGGCUGCGGUACCUGCUCUGGAUGGCUGGGGGUAAGCACGGCCACUCCCGAGGCCCCAGAGCUGGCUCCAGCCCCUCUGGGUGGAGUGCUGGUGGCUUGAGAGCCCGUGGCACUAAUGUUGCUCUGAGCAGUGGUGGGGAGGGAGGAGACGCUGACCUUUGGAUGUCCAGCAGUGGUGGGAGCACCGUGUCCUCUGAUUUGUGGCCCAAAGGAAGGGGCCAGCACUUGGUGGCUGGGAGGGGAAGGAGGAGAAACAGUCCAUACACACCCUAUUCUGCCCUUUUCCAGGUUUCCUCAUUUACUUUGGCUAUGGGAUCUGGCACAGCACUGAGAGCCACUGGCCUGAAGGGACAGGUCCCCGGGAGCUGCCAGGAAGCAGAGCCAGGGAGGUGGCCCUGGAGCCCCGUGGGACUGCCCUGUGCCCAUCUGCUCCAGGGCAAUAAAAGGGGAUAGCCAGUUCCUGAGUGCCUGGCUCCCUCCAUCCU